UCAGCAAAUUGAGUUUAAGAAGUUGCACGCGACCAGCCAGUGGAAAACGAGCGCAAUCCGAGCCAUCGACAACUAAAUCCAUAAAUACUGCUGAAAGAUGAUUGUGCGGCUCAAUUUGAUAUUUGCGCUGCUGGCGCUGAUCGCCGCCUUUGCGCUGACCCACGCCCACUUUCCCGAAUAUUGCGCCGAGUGCGAGCAGGAGAUCUGGGAGCAGGUGCCGUGCAGUGAGCUAAGCACCACGACCAUUUUGCCGCCCACAACAACUGGCAGCACACCACGGCCGAUAAGCAGCACCACGCCGGCACCAACAACAGCUAGACCCACUGUGCCCUCCACACUGCCCUGGUCCACAACGAGGCCGCCCAUCUAUACGACGCCAACGACGCCGUCCACGUACAAGAAGUGCUACUGUGAGUGCAAGCUGGGCUGCAAGGAGUUCUGCCGCAAGGUGUCUGUGGCCAGUCCCAAACAGCAAAUCACACAGAUCUCAUCCACGGGCGACUAUGCGCCCGGCGGCCAAAUCGAGUAUACGCACUCGCAUCAGCGCAAAUACUAUCCCAAGUAUGCGGCGGCCAGCAACAGCUACAAGCCCUAUCCUGUGGUGUACAGUGAAGCGGCGGCGGCGGAGGCAGCAUCCGCGCCAGCGCCGAACAACAUCAAUGCGCCCAACUACACGCUGGAGGAGCUGGCGCAUCUGCUGAGCACAGCCUACGGCACCAAGAAGGGCUAUCCGGCCAGCCCGCAGCCGCCGCCACAGCCACAGCCACAGCCACAGCCACAGCCACAGCCAUCGGUUUACUACUCACCGCAGCCUCUGGUGGCCCGUCUCCAGCCCGAGUACAGACAGGUGAUCAACAAGGUGGCCGCGCCAGUGCCCAGAGAGCGGGUGAUAAUCCGAACAGCUGCCGCAGCUGUCUCCACUUCGGGACGUGCCGUGGCCAAGGCCAAGACGCCAUAUGGCGAGGUGGUGGCCACAUCAGCGCCCGUCUAUGAGAGCACCACAACGUAUCCGAUGCCGCCACCCGAGACGCCCAAAUCGUAUCCAGCGCCCGAGCCCGAGCCUGAGUCCCAGCCCGAGCCCCAGCCAGUGCCAUUGCCCAUGCCCCAGACCGAGGCAUAUCCCACGCAGACGGAGGCAUAUCCGGACAAGUCAUACGAGACACCCGAGUCGAAUUCGAUAAAACCAGAGUCCGCGUCAUCCUUCGACCUGGCUAUCGAUAACUAUCUCAAGGAUUUCGGCUAUGACAACCAAGUCAGAGACUUGGGCUACUAAUCCACCGAAAAAGUUCUCACUUGUUAUUAAUUGUUGUUAGGUUUAGAGCUAUGCCUAGAUAUAUGUAUUUAGUCGGAUAACGCGUUUUCCAUGUAUUUAUUUAUUUAUUUUCCCAUCGAUUUUGAUUGUGAAAAUAUGCGUGGACUUGUUGAAAAUAAUAUAAAACCUACAAAUAUUACAUCAACUUAAAAUUUAA